AUGGUGGACGUCAUGGAAGGGGCUGAUGGUGGACGUCACGGAAGGGGCUGUUGGUGGACGUCACGGAAGGGGCUGAUGCCGACGUCGGGGACGCGAAGUCACUUCAGCAGCGCCACUUCUACACCUCCAAGCCCCCUACUCGCAGAACACUGCGCGAGGACCUCAAGCCUUGAUCUCUGUCUCAACCUCAAGCAUCUCAUCGAUGUCCGAGGCAGACGACCUGACAGUGAAGCAGAAGAUGAGAAGAGGUCAUUGAAGGAUCUCCUCGACCCCCUACACCAUCCACACCGUUCAACCCUCACUACCCCUACAACCCUCACUACUCCUACACCCUCCACACUCUACAUACCCCUCCACUCUCCACACCCCUACAUCCUCAACACCCUCCAUCCUCAAUACCACUACACCCUCCACGCUCCUACAACCCUCCACACUCCACGCUCCUCCACACCCUCCACCCUCCAUACCAGUAAACCCUCUACACCCCUACAACCCUCCACGCUCCACACUCCUCCACACUCCUCAUCACCCUCCACACUCCAUACCCCUACACCAUCCACGCUUCUACACCUCUACACCCCUACAACCCUCCACACUCCACACUCCUCCACACCCCUACACCCUCCACACCCUCCACCCUCCACACUCCUCCACAACCUCCACCCUCCAUACCCCUACACCAUCCACGCUUCUACACCCUCUACACCCCUUAAACCCUCCACACUCCACACUCCUCCACACCCCUACACCCUCCACACCCUCCACCCUCCAUACCCCUACGCCCUCCACGCUCCUACACCCUCUACACCCCUACAACCAUCCACAUUCAACACUCCUCCACACCCCUACACCCUCCACACCCUCCACCCUCCAUACCCCUACACCCUCCACGCUCCUACACCCUCCAUACCCCUACACCCUCCACACCCCUACACCCUCCACGCUCCUACACCCUCCAUACCCCUACACCCUCCAUACCCCUACACCCUCCACACCCCUACACCCUCCACGCUCCUACACCCUCCAUACCCCUACACCCUCCACACCCCUACACCCUCCACGCUCCUACACCCUCCAUACCCCUACACCCUCCAUACCCCUACACUCCUCCACACCCUACACCCUCCACGCUCCUACACCCUCCAUACCCCUACACCCUCCACACCCCUACACCCUCCACACCCCUACACCCUCCAUACCCCUACACCCUCCACACCCCUACACCCUCCACGCUCCUACACCCUCCACGCUCCUACACCCUCCACGCUCCUACACCCUCCAUACCCCUACACCCUCCACACCCCUACACCCUCCACACCCCUACACCCUCCACGCUCCUACACCCUCCAUACCCCUACACCCUCCACACCCCUACACCCUCCACGCUCCUACACCCUCCAUACCCCUACACCCUCCACACCCCUACACCCUCCACACCCCUACACCCUCCACACCCCUACACCCUCCACACCCCUACACCCUCCAUACCCCUACACCCUCCACACCCCUACACCCUCCACGCUCCUACACCCUCCAUACCCCUACACCCUCCACACCCCUACACCCUCCACGCUCCUACACCCUCCAUACCCCUACACCCUCCAUACCCCUACACUCCUCCACACCCUACACCCUCCACGCUCCUACACCCUCCAUACCCCUACACCCUCCACACCCCUACACCCUCCACACCCCUACACCCUCCAUACCCCUACACCCUCCACACCCCUACACCCUCCACGCUCCUACACCCUCCACGCUCCUACACCCUCCACGCUCCUACACCCUCCAUACCCCUACACCCUCCACACCCCUACACCCUCCACACCCCUACACCCUCCACGCUCCUACACCCUCCACGCUCCUACACCCUCCAUACCCCUACACCCUCCAUACCCCUACACCCUCCACACCCCUACACCCUCCACGCUCCUACACCCUCCACGCUCCUACACCCUCCACGCUCCUACACCCUCCAUACCCCUACACUCCUCCACACCCUACACCCUCCACGCUCCUACACCCUCCAUACCCCUACACCCUCCACACCCCUACACCCUCCACGCUCCUACACCCUCCACGCUCCUACACCCUCCACACCCCUACACCCUCCAAACCCCUACACCCUCCAUACCCCUACACCCUCCACACCCCUACACCCUCCACGCUCCUACACCCUCCACGCUCCUACACCCUCCACACCCCUACACUCCUCCACACCCCUCCACCCUCCAUACCCCUACACCCUCCACACCCCUACAACCCUCCACACUCCUCCACACCCCUCCACCCUCCAUACCCCUACACCCUCCACGCUCCUACACCCUCCACACCCUCCACCCUGCAUACCCCUAUAGCCUCCACGCUCCUACACCCUCCAUACCCCUCCACACUCAACACCCUCCACACCCCUUCACACCCCUCCAUACCAUACACCCUCCACACCCCUCCACACUCCAUACCCCUACACCCUCCACGCUCCUACACCCUCCACACCCCUACACUCCUCCACACCCCUCCACCCUCCAUACCCCUACACCCUCCACACCCCUACAACCCUCCACACUCCUCCACACCCCUCCACCCUCCAUACCCCUACACCCUCCACGCUCCUACACCCUCCACACCCUCCACCCUGCAUACCCCUAUAGCCUCCACGCUCCUACACCCUCCAUACCCCUCCACACUCAACACCCUCCACACCCCUUCACACCCCUCCAUACCAUACACCCUCCACACCCCUCCACACUCCAUACCCCUACACCCUCCACGCUCCUUCACCCUCCACACUCAUACACCCUCCACGCUCCACACCCCUAUACCCGCCACACCCUUAUAUCCGCCACCCUCUACACUCCUACACCCUCCAUACCCCUAAACCCUCCACGCUCCUACACCCUCCAUACCCUAACACCGUCCAUACCCCUACACCCUCUGCAUACCCCUACACCUUCCACGCUCCUACAACCUUCCACACCCCUACACCCUCCACACCCCUACAUCAUCCAUACCAUACACCCUCCACACCCCUAUACCCGCCAACCUCUACAGUCCUACACCCUCCACACCCUGCAUACCCCUCCACUCUCCACACUAUACACCCUCCACACCCCUAUACCCUCCACACUAUACACCCUCAACCCCCUCCACACUCCACACUCCUCCACACCCCUACACCCUCCACCCUCCAUACCCCUACACCCUCCACCCUCCAUACCCCUACACCCUCAAUACCCCUCCACACUCCUCCACACUCAACCCACCAUACCCAUCCACGCUCCACACUCUUCCACACCCCUACACCCUACACCCUCCAUAUCACUCCACCCUCAACCCUCCAUACCCCUACACCCUACAUACCCCUCCAUCCUCCACCCUCCAUACCCCUACACCCUCCAUACCCCUCCACACUCCACACUCCUCCACACCCCUACACCCUCCAUACCCCUCCACUCUCCACACUCCUCCACACCCUCCACCCUUCAUACCACUCCACACUCCACCCUCCAUACCCCUACACCCUCCAUACCCCUACAACCUCCACCCUCCAUACCCCUACACCCUCCAUACCAUCCACACUCCUCCACACCCCUACACCCUACACCCUCCACCCUCCAUACCCCUCCACACUCCACACUCCUCCACACCCUCCACCCUCCAUACCCCUACACCCUCUAUACCCCUCCACACUCCACACUCCUCCACACCCCUACACCCUCCACCCUCCAUACCCCUACACCCUCCAUCCUCCAUACCCCUACACCCUCUAUACCCCUCCACACUCCACACUCCUCCACACCCCUACACCCUCCACCCUCUAUACCCCUCCACACUCCACACUCCUCCACACCCCUACACCCCCGACCCUCCAUACCACUCCACACUCCUCCACACCCCUACCCUCCAUACCGCUACACCCUCCACGCUCCUACACCCCUACAACCCUCCACAACCCUCCACUCUCCACACCAUACACCCUCCACACCCCUAUACCCUCCACACCAUACACCCUCCAUACCCCUUACACCUUCCACACCAUACACCCUCCACACCCUAAAUCCCUAUACCCUUUUUACGUAUAGAUAUUUAUACCCGACACUCUAUUGA